AUGCGGAGCCAAGAAGACUGGGCAAAUGCGGUGCAAGAAAAUGAUACCAGCAGUGAAAGGUCCAAUUCCGAAUUCUCCUUUAGUACUCACGAAAGCGAGGAAAGUUUUGUACAUCUUGGUACCACGUUGACAAGACCAUUUGAUAUCAACAUGCUGAAAGAAUCCAUCGAGACUGGCAGCAAAAUCCUAAAUGACAUUGAAGGAAAGAACGUAGUCCUCGUCAUUGGAAAGACGGGCACUGGCAAGUCCACUUUCAUUCAAGGCAUUGCCGGGAGGCAUUUGUGCGAAACUAUUCAUUCCACAGAUUGUGAUGGAAAGACUGUGGAAAAAAAUGUCUACGACUCGCAAGAUGCUCUUCCAGAUUUCACGAUUGGGCACGAGAAGAUUUCUCAAACCAAGGCAUUUUGUAGCUUUGUACCGGACGAGCAGGAUGGCAAAGAAGAAGUCGUCUAUAUUGAUACGCCGGGUUUUGAGGAUACUCACCAUGAAGAGAUUGAUAUUGCAACCUCUGUCAUGCUGAGUCAUAUUGCCAAGAAGUGCAAAUCAAUUCGGUUUGUGGUUUUGAUUAAUUAUGCCUCGUUGCUCGAAGACCGAGGAGGCGCUGCUCGAUCAAUCUUGAGGUUCACUUCAGCGUUUGUCAAGGACUUUUCCAAAGAUAAGCAAGGAUUUAUGUUUCUCUUUACCCACACAGAUGAGAUCAGCGGAGCUUGUGACAAUCUAGCCAGCUCCAGAAAGGCUCUUCAAGAAGAAUUAUUGAGGUUGAAAAAAGGUUCAAAUCGCAGCGAGAAAGACCUAUUGGGUCUUCUUGAUUUCCUCACGAAAUCACUACAGAAACAGUAUCUCUUUGCUGAUGUCCUGCACCCACUGGAUAGUGAUUUCAAGGAACUCAAGACAUUCAUCGAAACCAAACAAAAGCCAAUCAAGACUCUCACAAUGGUGGACAGUUGCGGCUUAACGGCAGCCUCCAAGCACAGAUUGAGUGGUGAAAUCACUGCUAUUUUGCUCAAGUCUCGCACAUACUUGCAAUCAAAGCCACCCAAUGCCAGUGCUGUGCAAGAAAACCAUGAAUUGUUGGAAUAUCUAUGUAGCCAAUUGAACUUCAGCGAUGUCAAGAAGGCAAGAAAUGAGAGCGAAUUCCUCAUCAACAGAUACGUGGAGGAGUCCAAGGCAACGAUUGAGGAUGAGAUUGUAAAAGGAGGUGUAAAUGAUAGCCUAUUCAGUGUCGACGAUGCUCUGGAUGUUGGAGAGACUCUUUGCCAUCUUGAUGUGUUUGGCGCGAACAAUGCCUCCCAAUACCUUCGCACCAAAAUACACGGCCUCAUUGAGCUCAUUGCAGGGGCUCUUUCUUUAUCCAGUCGCCCAAUGAGUCACACUGAUGCUCGUGUGCUCGACAAACUGAACAAUUGGUGCAGAGCAUUUCCAGAACAUCAAGAGUAUUACACGAAUGUCAUUCAUCAACUCAAGACCUCCAUUGAGAGUAUAACUCAACGAGUCAAUGGAUUUGAAUUCAGCAUGGAGCUUCAGCCUGAGGCUAUUGCUGUGUUCUGCAGUGACAUUUGCUUCUUGAACUCGAUUCAUCAGCAAAUUGACCAUCUGCUGGAUCACGAAUUGGACGUUGACGGAUUGUACAAUGCACUGGUAGAUUCAGAUGAACGCAUUAAGGAUUGUCUCAAGUCAUCAGAACCAGAAAGCAUUGCUGAUCUAGAAAGGUGUUUAUUGGAUGAAGAAGUAUUGCACAGGAUUGCUGCUCGGCUUCGUGUGCUAAAGGCGCUACAACUUGGGCUCAGUGGCCAGAAGGGCUUCGAAGACAUUUUGAAUUCGAUCCGUCAAUUCAGCCUGGAUCUAGAAGAUAUAGUGCCGUUUCAGUUUGAAGGGAUGUGCACUGACGCCAAGGAGAAGGGUUUGGAUGAUUUGAAAGAGCUUCUUCAUCGGAUCAAGGGAAUUCUUGAUAUUUGCUGUGGCAUUGAUGGAUUCGCGUCAGAAACUAUGCGCUACAAUUUCGAAAGAUUGCUCGAUGUCAUCAAGGAACGAAUGAAGUCCACAUCUGAUUCUUUUCUUCAGACCUCAAUGCCUUCGAAAAACUCGCUGCAGUGCAUUCUAAAUGGACAUGAGGCCGGUCUUGCUCUGAACGCCCUUGCCGCACACGCGUGGUUUGAUGAGUUCCUCCCUGAGGGCAUGUCCAUCAUUUCCUCCGCUUGCAUCCAAGUCCAGAAGGACUAUGAAAAUCUUUCAGAGAUCAUUGCAAACCAGAUUCUUCAGUAUUUGGAUUUCAGGAAUGUCGAGUGUCCAGAUGGAAUCGUCCAGCAAAAAGGAAUUCGUCAAAGGCCUAUAUUCGCGAUGCAACAAAUAAAUUGCUUCUACAAUCAGUUUAUUGAGAUUGAAUCCUUUGCAGAAACCACAAACAAUGAGAUCAUAAUGGCAGCUUGCCGUGACGUGCGUUCUAAACUAUCAUCUCGGUUGGCAAAUUCCAUGAAUGCAAUCAACGAUUCAAGCAAGAGCUCGGAGUACAACUUUGCUGACUCAACAAAGACAGAGAAAUGUAUCACAAAAUCCAAUUCUCACUUGGAAGAAAUCGACCUUUAUCUCUCAGUCACUAGGGAUCCAAGCGAUCGUGCAAGUCUACAAUCUACAAAGGAUACUGUGCUUGCCAAAGUUGAUUCAUUAUCCCUUUCUAUGAAUGAGAUUUUUGAGUCUGGAGUCGAUUUUGAAACUAUGGCAAGAUUGUUGUGUAUCCUGGGCAAAUUUGAAGGCGACGGCAAUCGCUUCACGGACAAACGACUCCCGUCUUUUGCAAUCUCCAAAGAAAAAGCAAGGAAGUCACUAAAGAGACAGGUUGAGAAGGUACAGUCUCUCAUCACCGAGACAGCGAAUUGGGAGGAAAUAGGCGAGCAAAUGGCAAUUCUCGAAAAGGGUCGUUCUCUUGACAGCACUUUGGAUGGUGAUCUUACACUACACUUGAACACUCUCGACGGUCAUCUUAAGAACAAAGAAACAAGAGUGGAUUCCACAAUCCAUGAGAUGAUUGCAGCCGAAGACUAUUCGGGCAUUGGGGAACUCUUGGCACCACUUGCAAACUCUAAGGACCAACUGCAGAGAAAGAAGUUCAAUAGUUAUCUCACUCAGAUGAAAACAUCUUUGAAGGAUCGUUUCGGCAAGUCCGCUUACUUUCUUCCUCACGGUUUGCCAACAGCGCACUCAACCGCGUUCAUCGUCAAAAAUCUUGACAAACUGAAAGAAAUUCACUCCGAACUGUCGAAGUAUUCGGGACACAGAAAGUCGCGGAUCCCGGGAAUUCAUAAAUUACAGCAAGACUUGGAGAAGGAAACAAAUACCAUCAAGACAAAGUUGAAUCAGAAGCUUGACGAAAGCCUGAAGCAAAUGGAAUUGGAUGCUCAAAAUUUGAAUUUUUGCCGCCUGACCUUGGAGCGAAAAAAGGCUACAGAAUUCGUUGACAUUGCGAAGAAGCACAUUCUCAUUAACAAUGUCAAAAGGCACCAAAAGAUCCAGGAAGACUUUAACCAUAGACUGAAGUCGGUGCCUCAACUCCUGGACCAAUUCUCCAAAUCCAAUUUUAAGGAUGCGACUGAAAUUGUCCCAAUUCUUCGCGCUCUUCGGCAGGUAUCGAUUGCUGAAGACACGAUGACUUCCGAUCUUUCAAUACUGUACAAACAUGCAAAGCAAGACGUAAACAACAUACUUCGAGAACGCAUCGAACUACUUCAGAAAGUGGUGAAUGAACGCCAAUGCUACGCCGAUUGUAUUGACAUAUUGCGGAGUCUCCAACGGCAUUUGGAUUCUGGUCUGAAGGACCAUAUCGAUAGUGAGAUAGUCGUGGAUGUAGAAAAAUUGUUGGCUAUGUGGGUCGAAGCCCAGGACGAGUGCAAGGCAAUCUUCCGGCAUACUACUGGACGAAACAUAAACGCACAUGAGACAAUUGCAAAAAAAUUGGACAAGCUUGAUCCGACGAACGCAGGUUUCUGGGCAAAUAUUGGAAAGAUUGGAAAUGCAAUCAAAGGAACUAUGGGGUUAGGAGGUUCGCAAUACGACCUGCUGAAAAGCCAAACCGAGGAUUUUUGUUUGGAGGCAUACAGGGAAGGUACAAUGGCGCUCCAAAAGGGAGAUUUUGACAUUGUGGAUGACCGUGUACAGCUGCUGAUGAAGUGGGAUCGAGCCGUCAAUAAGCACGUCAAGAGCAUCGCCGAAAAAGUUGAUGCAUUGAAGAAAGGUGCGAGGCAUGCAUUCCUUGACACUUGUACGCAGAUGCAGAAAGUCUGUCAGGGGGGAAACACUUUACAGUGCAAAAGUUCCUUUGACGAAUUUCGCAACGCAAUCUUGAGCGCUUCAUUCAUUUUGGAAACAGAGGAAUGUCAAAGAGCUUUUGCCCUUAACAACCAACUUUUCUGUGAGAAGCUGGAGCAAGAAAUCGAGAGAGUGAAGGAGGCGUUGACACUGAAGUCGUUGCAUGACUUUUUCGAGGUCAAGUCGACUGUGGAAGACGCAAGAUUUUUCGGUGACUUUAUGGCAGAUCAUUAUGCUGUGUUGUUUGAAGAACUAAGGAAUCACAGUAUUGCUAAAAAGGAUACUUGGAUAAAAAAGAUCGCCGAAAUAUGUCAUGCACACUUCAGUGCGGGCCGAGAUUUUCGAAACAUCAAACACUACAUUACGCUUGGUGUCGUACCUUCGGCUUCAUACUCCGAUGUCAAACGUGCAUUUCAUUGCAAGGCACGGAAAUUUCAUCCAGAUAAAGUCGUACAGAAGGAAGAACAUACGAACGAGAAGUUUACAAUUAUUCAAGAAGCCUGGGAAGCAUUGAAUGACGAAGAACGACUAGAUGGGAAGCUGAAGAAGAAAGCAUUUGACAGGCUGAUCAAUGGUUUUGGAGAUUGUAUUUUAGACAGCGUUCGACAAAACUUGAGAACUCAACAGUAUGAUGUUGUUGCCGAAAUUCUUGGCCGACUAUGCUCAUUGCGGGAAUUGAAGGAUCUUGUUUCCCCGCCUCUGGAUUCCAACCACGUCGAACAUUCUGUGAACAACCUUGUGUGUGGCCAUGUUGAGCAGGUCAGGAUAUCAGUUACUACACACUGGUCAGAACGAAAUUACAAGGGGCUGCAAGAGACUAUCGAGGACCUAAGGAAGAUGGAGAAGCACUUCAAAUCGUAUUCGUCAGUUUUUCGCGAGUCUUGGAACCAGGGCAUUAUUAAAAGCAUUGAAAAUGAAGUGGUGGAUCUAGGCAAGGAAGCCCGUUCGUGCUUGACGUCAAGUCGAAUCGCCAAGGAGAAAAAGGACGAUUUCAGACGUCUUUUUUUGCACAUGGGUCACGUUCUCAUCGAGCUACCAUUUUUCAAGGACUUCACAAAAAAUGUCAUCUCGUUGAUGUUGGAAUCCAGCCUCAAAGAAGAUUGGGGGCACAGCUAUCUAUUUGAGCUUGGUCUUUCACUGCAGAAGGGUGAUGACGAUGACGAAGACGAUGGAAGGAUCGGACAGUUGCUUCUUUCUGAGUUUAGCCAAUUCAAGGAAGUAAUGACGAUGGUAUGGAACGAAGAAACGACACAGAAACCAGUAGAGGAUACUGUACAAGACAUCAGAGGCUAUAUUCAAGAGCAAACGCUACCACCACGUCAACUUGAUAUCAAGCGUGACGAAUUGCUGGAUCAUUUCCGCCGAUUCGAAUGCAGCUACAAAACUCUCUUAGGACACUUUUUGAACAAAGACGCUGAUAUCAAUGAACUGGUUCGGAAAACAACAAAGCUAGCGGAACAAAUGAAACCACUGACGUGCGAUAAUGGAUGGUCGACGAAGACCAAGGCUGUCAUUCCCGAUCUCCUUGCUGGCGUUUUUGCACUAUUCACUGUACUGAAAUCUGGAGAGGCUUACAACAGAAUCGAAUCAUCCUCCGAAUCAUCGGAACUCGGCGAGAAACUCCUGAUGAAGCCACACAACAUUCAAGUUUUGACGCUACUCUGUAUGUUAGGGUGCGGGCGGCCAUCUGAAAGCAGCCUUGAAAGUCAACUUAUGCAGAUAAGGACAGGAGAAGGAAAGUCAAUGAUAUUGGGUGCCGCUUCAACUGUUUUGGGUCUGUUGGGCUUUCGGGUGCGGUGUGUUUGCUAUAGUGAGUAUUUGUCUCGUCGCGAUUAUGGACUCUUUGAGGAAGUCUUCAGGCGAUUCCAAAUUGCCGAAGAUGUUGUCUACAGUAAGAUUACGACACUGUCUGAGGAUACAACGGCCGCCAAAGGAGACAUUCGGUACUUAACGGAGUCUCUGGUGCUAAGCAAUCUCCCGAAGAUCGCCAGAAAAGUGUCCAAUCCAUUGGCGCUACGACAAGUCAAUUCCAAUGUCGUAAAUGUUACCAGUCUAAAGAAACUUGUAAGCUCUCCUACUCCAUCUCCGCCUCAUCCAACUGUGGACGAGAAAGAGUUGCAGUCAAUGCGCCAACAAGGGCCAUCAGAGGCACUAGCCGGACAAAGCCAUGGCGAUUGCGUCGACAUUUUGCCUCAGCACACCGAGGAAAACUCACUCCAGACACAAAGCAGCUCAGAUGUUGCCACUGACAAUCGAUUUCCACUAUUUUCAAGGCAGUCAAAAGAAGAGAUUUUGCUCGUUGAUGAAGUGGAUGUGUUUUUUGGGCCAGAGUUCUACGGGCAGACAUACAACCAAGUAACGCAACUAAGGGAACCCGAAAUAGCCGACCUUCUGAAGAGUAUUUGGAGAGAGCAUAGUUGCAACGGAAGAAGUCUGCGACUACUAGAUCUAAAGAGCAGCGCGUCAUACGAGUGUCUACGCCAAAAGAUGCAAGGCUUUGAGUUCCUUCUCGACAAUGAGAUCUCAUUGAUGCUGAAACAUGUUAAACGAGUCGACGAAGAAGCAUAUUUCUUGGACGAAAGUGAGCAGAGAAUUGGAUACAAGGUGAUGGACACUGUAUCAUACAAUGUGACGUAUGGAUAUAGGACAGCGUUCGCGUAUCUCCAAGAGUACGACCGCGGCAGCAUUAAAAGUGAAACUUUGCAACAGGUCUUGACAAUGCCGGUUUCCUGUGGGCAGUUCUCUUAUGCUCAGAUUGCACCAACUCGAAUCUUGGGUGUUUCAGGCACUCUUGAUGUGAUGACUAGGUACGAAAAGGAAGUGUUGGCAAGAUAUGGAGUGCAAACGUAUAUCCAUGUUCCAAGUGUAUACGGAAAAUCAAAUUUCUCUUUCGAUGAAGCCGGCGAUGGGCUUACCAUCGAAUGCAACAAUAGUGACUUCUACCAUAAAAUUUGUGAGGAUAUAAAGAGAGUCACCGCUGAGAAACGAGCGGUCGUCGUCUUUUUCAAGGAUAUGACGUCCGUCAAAGAGUUCACCUCGAGUCCGUUCUACCAUAAGCUUGGGAGGCAAAAGAAGGUUCUCUCGGAAGAUAUGAUGGCAUCUGAAAAGGACUUUGUGAUCAACAAAGCUGCAACUGCGAAGCAAAUCACGAUCUGCCCUGCCGUCUUUGGACGAGGGACAGAUUUCUUCUGCAAAGAUUCAAAGGUUGAAAACAGCGGCGGAGUGCAUGUCAUUCAGACCUUUCUUUCUGAGCAGAGAAGCGAGGAGGUGCAGAUACAGGGCCGUACUGCACGUCAAGGCAAGCAAGGAUCCUAUAAGCUGAUCUUGCUAGAACAUGACCUAGUGGAGACAUUCGGGGUGACGCCAGGAGAGCAGAAAAGUAUUGCAAAAGCAGACUGGUACAAAUGGCUUUGUGACGCACGGGAAAAAAAGAGUGAAUUGAAUGCCAAAGUGGUCGAUGGAAACCUCGCUGAAGCUACGAAGAAAGACAAGAAUACGCAUGAAUAUUUUGAUGCACUCUUGGCAUCCAAUCCUUCCGCCGCGAAGUCGUUCUUCAAGCAAAUCUACCUUGCCAUGAAGAGACCCAUACCGUCUACUGUGGUUUUGAACAUGGCACUAGCUGUCGACGUGACUGGUAGUAUGCACAAAUACUCUCGAGAUUUGCCAUCAACCUUGAACAAGUUAUUGCAAGGCCAAGACUCCAUCACCGCAAAGCUUCGGGUGCAGUUUCCAGAGCUGAUCUUUAAGCUUCGCGUUGGCGUGUUGGGUUUCCGCGAUAUUGAUGAUAAGGCGCAACAAUUUGAGGAAAAAAUCUGGUCCAAUGACACCCAUUUCACUUCAAAUAUGACGAACGUGAUCUCAAAAGUCCAGAAAAUGGUUUCUGCUUCAUCCGGUGGGCAUGAUCUUGCUGAAGAUUCUCUUGGUGCCAUCCAUCGGGGCGCAAAAUGGGGGGAGAGUGGUGACUGGUCUGGAACUAUUAAUUGCUUGCUCGUGUUGACGGACGCUCCAGCUCAUGGUCUUGCACCGAGCGAGUAUUCACAGGUUCCGAACGGAGACACGUACAAUAUUCGACAUCCAAAGGGAUUGACUGCUGAAUCCGUCGUUGGCGAUUUGCUGGCAAGAGACAUUGACUUGUUCUUUUGUUCUUUCGAUCCCGUGGCCACGAGUAGGACUGAACAGAGGUUGACAGAUGCAUACCUCAAGCAUGCUGAAAACACACACGAGAAAGAAGUUGCAUGUAUUCCAAUGGUGCAAUCUACACAAUCCAUGGGAUCAUUGGCAUCAACCUUAUCGGCCAAGCACAUUAUAUUCAUUCUCGAUGAGUCUGGUUCGAUGGAGGAUGACUGGCCUGGUGUUGUUGAGGCGUACAACAAGUAUGUUGCUCGGCGCCUUCAGAGUCAAAGUACUCUUGAUUUGGUAUCCGUUGUCCAGUUUGACGAUAAUGCAAGGCUUACAGUCGACUGUGAGCCCAUCACAUCGGUUCCAAACACUCUUGAUUACAGAAGUGGAGGAACUCGUUUCAGUCCUGCGGCAUCUCUUGGGUCGCAAGCAGCCCAAAAAUCACCAGCAUCGCAUGUUCCUGUUGUUGUUUUUAUGAGUGAUGGUGGAACUGAUCCUAGUGAUUCUGCACAAGCCUCACAAACACUUUCACAGCUGAAUUCGAUUGUAUUGCAACGGUACAAUCGAGACCUUGAGCUCCAUGUUAUCGCUUUUGGAGGCGGGGCCGAUACAAGACAGCUACUGGAUAUUUCACAAGCUUCCAAUGUUGGCCGGCUUCAUGCUAGUGCUGACUCUACAGCACUCACUCAGGUGUUUGAAAGCAUUGCUGGCGGUGAAGAUGUUACCGCGUUGAUGGAAUCCCAAAUCGGCAAGCGAAUAUCCGAUGCUGUCGCAAACAAGCUCAGUCUAGAGUACAUCGGAUAA